AUGGCAAAGCACAGGCUUGCAGAGCACACCACGGCACUCACGCCGCUUCGCGACAGCGUCAAGACGCCGGUACAUACAAUCACGGCCGGUACCUCGAGCUUUCAAUCCAAGGAUCGCGGUGGCGUUGAAGCAGAAAAGGCCCUGACGUACGGCCUCCACAAGCCCCUUCUCAGCCGCCUUGCGUACGAGGAGCGCAUGUACCGUUCUUCUUCGUCGCCGUCUGCUUCGUCAACGUCGUCUUCAACGUCUUCGUCUUCGUCCUCCUCGACCUCCACAUCCUCGUCGACCUCACCCAGUGACGCAUCCUCCUCCAAAUCACACACCGGCGCGAUUGUGGGAGGUGUCGUUGGCGGUGUCGGCGGUGCCCUCUUGCUCGCUGCUCUCGUCUUCCUGCUUUUCCGUCGCAGGAGGCGUGAUGACUUUGAUGGCAACUUCGACCCUGAUCGUGUCGGCGGCGGCGGUACGCUUCCCCAUAUCGACCUCGCAGGUGCCGACGAUGUCGAGCCGUACACGUACAAUCCUGCGGGCUCGGGCGCUAUUGGACCCGGCUUACAAGGUCCCUCGAGCUCCGCCACGGGCUCGGAUGAGAUGCGCCAGCACGACAACGUCCCUGCAUUCUUGGCGGGCGGCAUCGCAGGUGCUGGUGUGAGUGCCGCCGCAACACACCGCUCGAUGAGUCCCCCGACAGUCUCUGCGCCGUCACAUUACAGCCAGAGCGCGUCACAGUACGCGCCUUCAUCCUCGGAGCACUACCCCGACUAUUCGGCCUACAGCGGCAGAUAUGCCCAGCCGGGCGCGGGGUAUGCGCCGGACUUCCGGCAACCCUCUCCAGGGCCGUCGCUCGCGAUGACAGGGUCGUCGUCUGGUGGUGGAUACGGCGCUGCUGCGGGCGCGGGUGCCAGCAUCAUUACACUUACAUGGACGAUCUGCGUAGUAGGUAGUCUCAGUUUGGUACGGGAAAUAUCCAUGCUUGCGCGGGUGGCCAUUAAUGAUUGUGGGGACAAGUGCCUAAGUGUCCGAAAGAUGCAAGCAUGGGGACGAGUCCAGUAA